AUGUCAGGUACUAUGCAGAGUGAUAAUUCAGGCGAUGAAAAUUCAAUUCCACAGUCAGUGGGGAUUCAAUCUGGUGACUUAAGUGCUUCUGAAGACUUACUCACCGCUCUCAUUUCAAUGAUCUCUUCCCGAAUUUCUGACGUGCUUUCUCAAAGUUCACAAGCACCAAACCCCAUUGAAUUGAAUCAUUUGAACAGAGAUUUCCCAAUAACAGCGCCAUCGAGUUUCCACCCAAUUUUUAGCCCUCUAAGCAGAACGAUGGUGAACCAGAGAAAUUCUAUAGAAAAAAUGCCCAAUUUAAGUUUGUUUUCACCACCAAGUAUAUUUGACAAUAGCAGACCAAUUCGAGAUUUUCAAGAGCAGACUCCAAUCAACAUUUCAAAUGAGAAAGUGAUGGAGCAACAGAGUGGUGAUGAUAGUGGAUUGGGUGCCUCCUCGAAGAUUUCCAUUAACGCUACUGAAAAUUCGAAACGAGUUUCAAGUGAAAGUCGAGUUAGUGAGACUGACCAGCUACCAUCGGACGACAAAGCAGAGCCGUCGUUUAAAUGUCGAUACUGCUCAAUUCAUGAGGACACGCAUGAAAUGGUGUAUUCGUGUCCAGAGUGUGAUAAAAGGUUCUCUCGGAAAUGUUUACAGGUUCAACAUAUGAGAAUGCAUACAGGGGAGAGACCAUACACCUGUCUAAUCUGCUCUAAGAAAUUUGGGGACAGAUCGAAUGCUCGAGCACAUAUUAGAGCAGUACACAAAUCAGAGCCUACUGGAGCUGUUACUUUAACUGGCUAA